UCUUCUUAAAACUGUCUCUAUUAUACCACUGGACACCAUAUCUCACGGCACAGCACAUUGUUAGCGUAAACAAGGGCAAAUACUAAAGGUUGUUUGCCAGCUUCAAAAUGUUGCGUUCAGAGUUUGAAGCUUCCAAGCAUAAAACUUGAAUGGGGAACAGGUUCCCAAUUUCCCAUGACAAUUCAGUUUUUAACAGAACGCUCACAAGGGAGUAAUUCAAUUGGGUCAAGGGUGAAAGAGAUGCUCCGUGAAAACAGCCAGAGUAGAAGCGGCCUACCGAUGGUGUAUUUCCAAUGGCUUCCACCUGUGACGUGAAGUGUUAUAUUCAGGCGUUUGUGGCAGUUGCUCAGCAUGGUGAAAAUGAAAACUCCUUUUGCGUUGAAGAGAGUGUUGAUUCUUCUUUGCGUUCUUUACAAUGGAGAUACCAGCUCAAUUGAGACGUCCUGUGGCACUUUGCAAUGUCGUAAACCAUCAGACACACACAUCAGCUAUCUUCAAACAAGCCAAGGAGUGAGCUCUCGUUGCUUUGACAACGGGACAAUUAUACAUAUAAGUUGUUCUCGUGGUUUUCAGCACUAUGUUGACCACUACCAAACUACGUGUGAUGGGGAAACGGGCGAGUGGCAAGACAAAGGAUCGUGCGAAAUAGAAUUAGCGUCUCUUAUUUCAGUCAUAGCAGCUUCAGUUAUCCUCUUGGUAUUCUUCUCCGUGGCUGUACUUGUCUUAAUAUGGAAAAGCAAGAGAAUCCGGGAAGUAAAUAUAGACCCAGAGGCCGCUGAACAAGAUCCAAAGGCUGAUGCAAAUGUAGAAAGGGUAAUGUUUCGUCAGCGGAACCCAGACCAACUUCCACCAGAUGGAGGUGACAUAGAAAUGGCAGUAUUUCGUCGGCAAGACCUCAAUGAAAAUCCACUAAAUGACGCAGGUGCUGGAGUGCAUUAUCCACAGAAUCACGAUCAAGUACGAAAUCACGAGGUUGUUGAAGUGCAUCGUCCACAAGACCAAGAUGAAAAUCCCCAAAAUGAAGCUGAUGCUGGACUGCAUCAUCCACAGAAUCUCGACCAAGUGCAAAAUGACGGGAUAGCUGAAAGAUAUCAUCAGGAAGGACAUGACCAUGAACCGGACAUGGAGGCCACACUGUGUGUCCGUAAAGCCACACAAACUGAAGAUUUCGUGAACACCACCCCAAGACAAAGCGCUGCAACGCAAACGGAGAUCCAAAUGACUGACAUGAAUUCAUGGUGUGAAUACCACCCGCUACCUCUGCGGCACAUCGAUCAAAUUCACAUCCAGUGGAAUCAUGACUGUCGAAGCACUCCUCUCUCAAUUGACUUCGGCGGAGAAGGUUCACUAGUAUCAAUGUGUUAAAGAGGCAUAAUAUUAUGCAUACAACUUGUGGUCAGAAGCUUAAUGUAAAAUUAAGUAUAAGAUUUUGGGAAGAUUUUGGGAAGACUACCGCAAAGGGUUGACGACUCAGCUUCCUUCAAAGAUAUUCCAUAAUUGAAAUAAACUGCUUUUGUUUGCUUAAAUAAUAGCAUUUUCAAAGAUUUCUCACAGAAAUUCGUAAUAUCUAUAAAAUGAUAUAUCUUAAGGUGUUCCAGAGACGUAUCCAUGCUGAUAAAGCUUGGGACAAGUGCUUCUCCAAGUUUAAAACAAAACAAACCAAAAAACCUGCGAAACUGUGGGAGCCUCACGUCCAAUUCCAAAAGCAAACUGCGAGUAUGCGUGAUUGUGUUGUGCUUGUAAAUCGUGUCCCGUUUUUUAUUCGGGAAAGUUAACUUAGUUUCAUUUUUACCUCAAACAAAUUAUGUCGGGUAAAACUUAUGUAGUUACUUUGCCUAAAUGAAAUACAGGCUUAACGAAAACUUC